UAAUUUCAAAAAUCCACUUGACCAACUUUCUUCCUACUUACCUUGCCUUUUAAGCACUCUCUUUUUCUCCCUUUCUGAUUCUUUCUUUUGCUUCUUCUUCUCUCCCUUUUCAAACUCUCUUCUUCCAACCGAUCCAUCCAUCUAUAUCCCCAUAGAGCUUCACGGCAUGCUUGAUUAAUGUCCAGAGAAAGGGAGAGAUUUGAUGAGAUAGGAAAGAAGAUCAAGAGGGAGAUAGAUGCGGCAUCUUUUGAUCAAAUGGGGAGAAGGCAUAUCCUGGGUUCGACACUCAACACCAUCACACCUUGUGCUGCAUGUAAGCUGUUGAGGAGGAGGUGUGCUGAGGAGUGCCCUUUCUCUCCCUAUUUCUCACCACAUGAACCCCACAAAUUCGCCGCGGUUCACAAAGUCUUUGGCGCUAGCAACGUCUCCAAGAUGCUCAUGGAGGUACCAGAGAGCCAAAGAGCCGAUGCCGCGAACAGUUUAGUCUAUGAAGCUAACGUUAGGCUUAGAGAUCCGGUGUACGGAUGCAUGGGAGCAAUUUCAGCUCUGCAACAACAGGUUCAAUCUUUGCAAGCGGAACUUAAUGCAGUAAGGGGUGAAAUAUUGAAGUACAAAUAUAGAGAGGCUGCCAGUAAUAUCAUGGCUUCUACUCAUGCCGCUUUAGCCACUUCCGGGGACGUGGCGGUGGCGGCCGCACUGCCGCCUGCGGCCCCAACUCCCCCUCCCCCUCCUACCCCGCCGACACCACAGCCAAGGCCGCCUCCCCCUUCUGUUGUUGUUGUUUCUUCUUCUCCUUCUUUGUACACAUCGCCGGUAGCCACCACGACGAGCUAUAACUCCAUUCCCAGCAACAGUGUUUCUUAUUUUGGCUAAGCAGCUAGCUGGGCUUCUCUUUAGUUACCGGCGGGCGCACUAACUCAUCUCACGACGAGUAGAGCUCUGGUAACUCGAGAGAAACUGUAUCAUGUGACAAAUAUAUCAGUUUUCAAAAACGUUUCUGUUGAUUAGUUUGUGAAAUCAAUAAGUGGGAGAUUGUGAAUCGAAUGGAGACCGAUCAUAGGUUGUUACAUGAGCUCCGCGGGAUAACGUCGAUAGAAUUCAUCAGAUGAUAGCCAAAUGUGUGGUAAGUUCUAGCAUUGGUAGAAGUCUCCAUAUCUAUGUGGUGCAUGUACCAUUAGAAUUCGUUGCACGUGAGGGGAAUUACUAUGCUUUGACUGAAUUUUGAGUCCAUUUGUACAUGCA